AUGCGUCAUUUGAGAGGCCUACAGAGCGUUAUUGACGUAAGUGAUUCGGAAAAAAGUAGCAUUACUGAAUAUAUUGCGAGCCUGGAUCUCAAAGAAUCAGAAGUUACUGAAUGUUCGAACACUGGAGAAACAACGGAAUCAAUUAAUUCGAACAAUCUAGAAACAACAGAAUCAAUUACUGAUGAUCAUGAUACAAAAGAUAAGAAAAAGUCAACAGUUUCAAUUGCCGGUGCUAAAAGUGACGGUAGUAAAAAGCAAAAUUUCAACGAGAAUCCUAAUAACACCAAUAAGCAGCGACUGAAAUUUCAUUUCGCUGGUUCUCGAACAUAUCUGACUCGAGAAGCAAAUAUGAAAUAUUUGACACGACUUCUUAAGGAAAAGGAAAAAUUGAAAGCGCUACCAAACAUUUUUAAAUUCAAACAUUCUGUUCUUCUCAUUGAUAAAGAAAUUGCUAAAAUUCGUGGAAAUAUUAAACGAAUGACGGAGGUUAAUGAAGAGAGAGCGAAAAAAGAAAAAUCAGUGGAAACAUCAGAAAGAGAAAUACCUCAAAAAGCUGCCGAUGAUAAACCACCAAUUACAACAAACGGAAAAAAAGUUCUCCUGCAAGAGAAAAUAUUCAUUCCAGUGAAUGAAUAUCCCAAUUAUAAUUUUGUUGGACGUAUUCUUGGUCCACGUGGAAUGACAGCAAAACAACUUGAGGAAGAAUCCGGUUGCCGUAUAAUGGUUCGUGGACGUGGAUCAAUCCGUGAGGGUAGCUCGCAUCGUCAAACUAUCUACAACGAUAAUAUGAAGGAAAAUUUGCAUGUUUUGGUUCAAUGUGAAGAUUUCGAAGAAGCGGCAAAGGAUAAAAUGAAACGAGCUGUUGAAUGUAUUCGUUAUAUGCUUAUUCCACCGCCAGAUGGUGAAGAUGAGCUAAAACGUAAGCAAUUACUGGAAUUAUCGAUUAUUAAUGGUACUUAUCGACCAACUAUUGCUUCCCGAAUAGCGCUUCGUAAUCGUUCAUUAUUCCCAGCAAUCAGUAUUGGCCAAAUUAGAGCGGAAAAUACAGUCCACGGAGUGAAUAAUCUUCCGGUAUUUGCGAAUGGGAGCAAUGAGAGUAACAGACGUGCAACAUUAUAUGAUGAAAGUUUUGCGCAACAAUAUUCGUACAAUGCAUAUACAAUAAAUACACGUCAAGCACUUGCAUCGUUGGGAUUUGAUAUGGAUGCAUUUGAGGUUACUGAUUGCUACGGUAAACGAUUGAACAGAGCAACAGCGGGCGUUCCGCGUCGACAACAAACAAUAACACCGACUGCGGCACAAUAUCCUCGCUUUUAUGGAUUGGAUGUUCCGUUUUUGGAUCCGUUCACCAUGAAGUAUAUGUGGAAUUCAGUUAAUUCACCGAUUUUCGGUGUCUAUGAUAAUUCUUCCAGAGAAUACUAUAAUCAUAUAAUGACUGGAAUAGCUAGCGCAAAUGGCGAAUCGAUUGCUAGCAGAAUGGCGCAACCAUCAAACAUUCAGCCUCUCAGUCUGCAACAGUACAUUACAGCUGCGGCAUUGCUUAACGGAAUGUCAAACUUUCGCAAUGAUGGGUCGGGAGAUGGACCGAGUAGCAAUCAAUGA